UGAGGGCCGGGCUUGAGGCAAACGCGCGGCGGCCAGUGGUUGCCUAGCGACGGCGUCCGCCCCAGUCCUGGGUAGGUCGUCCGCUACCGUUAACCGGCUACUUAAUGGGAGGCUAUGGGGACCGAGAGGGUCUCGCUAGUCCCCCGGGACAUGGAGAUUCCAAGAAAGGACUUACAGCUGCGGGUGACCCCGACGGAGCUAAAAUUCAUGGACACGCUUGUUGGGAGGGUGUACCGCCUCCCAAUCACAGUACACAACCUGGGCCGCAGCAACCAGAAGAUCAGGUUUCAGGAGCCGAUCAAGCCACAGUUCAGACUGAUUUUGACCAAUCUGGAUAAAGCACUUGCUUCUGGCCUUCAGAUGACAGCUAUGGUGGAAUAUCAUCCUGAUAAAAAUGAAGACACUUUUGACCAACUGAUUAUUUCAAUAGGAAAUAAAACAAUAGAGAUCCCUUUAAUGGGGUUGAUUCCAUCCUGUCAAUUGCAUAUUGAGCCAGAAGUUGAUUUUGGAACAUUGGUUGCCAAUAGUAAAGUAUAUAGUAAAGAGGUUCAUGUCAUUAACUAUGGAAAAGCUCCAGGUUGGUUUAAAAUAGAAUAUCAGGGUCGAUUACCCAUUAUCAUUUUUCCAACUGAUGGUAUUGUGGAGGCUAAAUCAUCAGUGGUUAUUAAAAUGGAUUUCUGUGCAGAUCAGCCCAGAACUGUACAUGAAGUUGCAAGAGUGAGUUUGCAAGGUCGUCCAGACAUACUCUUAAGUGUCAAAGCUCUGCUGGUUGAGCCAAUUAUUGAAUUGUUAAGCCUGACUAAUGAGAGAAGGCUGGACUGUGUACGCUUUGGUUCUGUUUUCUUCGGAACAUCAAAAAUUGAACAGAUACUUCUUUAUAAUAAUAGCCCAGAGCCCAUAAAUUGGGUGGCUAUACUGCAAGAUGAUUCAGUUGGAGAAGAACUGGGUACAAAUAUUCCACAAAGAACAGAUGUUGUUUUAAAUAAUCUCACCUGCUUACGCAAAGUAAAGGAUAUCGAUGUUACCACUUUUAUCUCUUGUAUUCCUAAUGAUGGGCAGUUGCUCCCUUAUGAAAAGAUUGUAAUUACAUUUUGUUUCAGCCCAAAGCUAGUGCUUGAUAGUAAAAAGAACUUUGACCCGUCCCACAGGCAGGAUUAUGUUGUCUUCUUGAGGUUUGAAUCUGUAGGAAGUAAAGAAGGAUUUUUGAGAGAUGAUAAUGAAAGCAUCAAAGGUGAUCGAUAUCGCAAAGUGGAGUUAGCGCUGACAGGAACAGGACUUCCUGUCUUAUUACACUUUGAUCCAGGACAGGUCCUUGAUUUUGCACCUUGUUUCAUGGGUGAAUGUUCCGAAAUUACGUGUAUUAUGCACAAUCAUUCCAAGUCACUUCCUGUGGUAUAUGACUUUAGAAAAACAGCACAUUUUAAAAUCGAUCCUCAAAGGGGCAAGCUUGAUGAAGGAUGUAUCCAGAAUGUGACAUGUUCAUUCAUUCCACAUCAAGUUGGGAUCUUUAGUGUGAAGCAAUGCAUACAAAUUAUUGGCGCAGUGGCAAAUGAAGAUUUACUGUCUACAUCGCUGAAACCUUUUCAUCAUGUAUAUUUAGAGUUCAACAGUGUCUGUAAACCUUCCAGCAAAGAAGUUGUGAUGGACAUUAAUCCUGGUAUAUCUCCUUUGGUUAGUAAUCCUACGGGACAGUUUGUGAUCAAAGAUUUGGUGAAAUACAAGGACAGUACACAUGUUGCAAUGCUUCAGUCAAAAUUUACAAACAUUCACAAUCAUCGCCAAGGUAAACAGUCAGUGAAGGAUGCUCUGAUAGCCUAUCCUAAUGACCGAACUGCAAGUAUCAGGUCUGGAGACCAGCAUAAACGUUUCAGGACAAUUUUCACAAAGACUCCAAGAUAUAACUAUGUGGAUCCUGACUAUGCCUAUACUGAAUCUGAAAAAAUGAAAAAGAAAGAACAUGAGAACUAUUAUAUGAGCUACAUUAAACAUUUAAGAGAAGUGCGCCUGCAGAAAGAAACAGAUAGGUUAUACAGGAGUUCAUACACUGAUUCAGAGAUAGGAUUACAGCAAGCAUCAGGCAUAAAGUCACCUGUACUCUCACUAUCGGAAGUAGAAGAGGAAGUCUUUUCAGAGUGUCGGAUCAAACCUCACCAAUUGCUGAGUAUCAGAAAUAUAUCUUCCAAAGAGACAAAGUGUCUGAAAAGAAAGGUUCUCAAAGGACUUAAAUCAUACCCUUCUACCCCCCAUGAAAAACACGAUUGCAGCUUACUUUUGACACCAAAGCAAAUUCAUCAAGUCGUAGUUGGGCCCACUGUUCUUAACUAUGGUGAUAUUUGUGCCAACUCCACAAAUACUCGUCUACUGCAUGUUAUUAAUAUGCUAUCAAUGCAUAUUAUCAUCCAGUUAGAUGUUAACUUGGAUGAACUUCGGAAGACCAAUCAAUUUUCAUAUGUGAUUCCACCUACAUCCAGCACUCAUAUUUCAGUGUUGUUUGAAUCUCCCACUGUUGGAAAAUUUUGGAAGUCUUUCACCUUUACAGUAAACAAUAUACCUGGUGGACACAUCCUCGUGAUGGCAGUUAUCCACCCAGUAAGACUUGAACUAUCUUCCAGUGAGCUAGUAUUGAGACCACAUGGCUUCUUGGUGAAAAAAUGUUUUCGGGCUACAGUUAGGUUGUAUAAUCGUCAGAAUUAUUUUGUGCAAUUUGAAUGGCAACCUGUACACACAGCAAAAGGGAUGGCAUUUUCCAUUACUCCAGUUAAAGCUAUGAAGCAUCUUAUAGCCUUAAGAGAUAAGAGAUUCAUCCACUUCAAUGCUAGCCAGUGGCAGUCAGUAAUCAGUCAGCUUGGUCACACCAAGGUCACGUUUUUGGAGCCAAGGAUACUUUUCAAUAAUAUUCCUCAAGGUUUAACAAGUUGGAGGAAAGCCAUUCUUCAUAAUGUAGGACAAAACCAUGCUUAUUUCAAGGUUUGUGAUCAGAGUCUUAUGCCUACAAUUAAUAUUGUUCCAUCAGAAGGAAUUAUUCCAUGGGGUGGAUUAACUGUUCUUAAUAUCUCCUGUACACCCACUGUGGCAGAAAAAUUCGAUACAAGAGCAAAGGUUUCUAUUCACCGUGCAAAUAUCAUUGACCUUAGGAUUGGUGGAUCUGUUGAGAUUGCUGAUGUUGUAAUCAAACCGGAUGUCUUUAACUUCACUGGCACCUAUGUGGGCACCACUGAGAUUAUUCCAUUUUUAGUAAAAAACAAAGGUUUAACUCGUGCCAGAGUGGAAUUUAAUCUAGAAGAAUUUCCAUGUUUUUCAAUGGAGUUUAAAGACAAAUCAGUGCAAUACUCAGACCCUGAAUUUCCUAAAAUAUAUUUUUUUGAGUUAGAGGAAAAUGCAUCUGUGGAAUGUGGCAUAGCAUUUUCUCCUGAAGAAGUGGCAACAUAUCAAUUUACCUUUCAAGUUGAAAUUAAUUUCUACAAGGCUUCAGAACUUUACACUGAACGUUGUCUGUCAAAGAGAACUUUGACUCCAAAGACAACACCACUUAUUCGUCCAUGUGAUGUUCAAGCUACUGUAUUACAAUCACCAUUGAAAUUAUCCUGCAUUGAAUUUAUAUUUGAAAUCCCAUUACAUUGUAUGGAUCCUGAAAACAAGGUGCCAAAUACUCAGAAUCUUGUCAUACAUAAUACUUCAAAAAAGAAUGUGAAAUGGGUUUUAGAUAUUAACAAUUAUGAUAAAGUUUUCAAAGACGGCACAUUCAAAUUCAGCCUAGUGAAUGGGAUUCUGGGACCAUAUGAAGAGUGUAAUGUUUCCAUAAAUUUCUGUCCAAAUCAUCCCAAAAAAUACACAGUUGAUAUCCCUAUGUAUUUAAAUGAUAAUCCACAUUGCUAUCGAACGUUACAUCUGAUUGGAGAGGUAAAAUCACCCAACUUAUCGUUUGACCCUCCAUUCAUACUUUUCACUCCUGUUCCUUUGGGAGUAGCAACUGUGAUGGAUAUCAACAUUUUGCCUCAAAAUUAUUUCAGUGAUUCAACUUUACAUGUCAGGAUUCCCACAGCAAGACUUUUUGAUGGUGAGGAGACCCACCCUCUUGCCGUGACAUUUCCAAAUGGCAUGAAGAUCACAGGCUCUCCCAAUGGAGCUAAUGUUGCAGUUACCUGCCACCUCGUCUUCAAGUCAUGUAAACCUGUGUCAUUUUUCACCAACAUUCUUUUCUGUGAUGACAAGAAUAACUGGUUUUCACUUCCAGUUACUGCAACAUCAGAAAACUGCAUUCUUACUAUUUACCCAUAUAUGGCAAUAUAUAUUGAUAAGCAAAAAGUUGUUUUGAAAAACGGAAUGGAAAUAUUAUAUGAAAGGUUGAAAUCGGGCAGAAGUGGAAAGUCAAAGAGAGAAGGCAAAACCAUGAAAAAGGAGGAGAAAAAUAAGCAAUUCAUUUCACUUGAAGAAGGAUCAAAGACCUAUAACUUCUUUGAGAAGGUGAUAAGUGCAGUUCAGGUCUGGUUCAGUCUCUUCGGCUGGCCUGAUGGACCCCAUUCUCUUAUUAUUCCGGAGACUAUAAGAAGAGAUGUGUAUAAAAUACAAUUCUGUUCAACCUCAUCACCCAAAAAAUGUUACAGAGAGAAUGACUUUACCAAAUAUAAUAAAACCAUUUAUGAUGUAAUCCUUCACUUGAGUGGAAAAAUGCUACCUGGAGUUAACUCAAGUCAGUCUUUACCUCUGGACUGCACUGAAAGAGUGAUUCAGCUUCAUUUUCAGCAUUCUUCACUUCUUGAGUUUCUCACUGCUCAAGGAGCAUGUAUUUCUCAUGUACUGCCAGAAUUUCUGCUUGAACCAGAAGAUUAUAAGAAGUGGAUUGAAAUUACAUCUUCCAGUAAUACCUCACCCGGGAGUUCUAAUAUACCUCUAAAAAAACAUUCUCUUGUCCUUGAUAUGACUAAGUUUGAAGACUGGAGUAAACGAGCAUGGACAGAUGUAUUCCUUCAGAUAUACAAGGUUCUGGUACUAUCCCGAGUUACACCACAUCCCAGCAGUAAUCUGCCUCACACACACGUGCAGAAAUCACCAAAAGUCAAUCCUUCUUUUCUAUCCAGCAACAUUUAUUCUGCUUCUGAGAGGAUUAUACUUAGUUGGAUGAACACAAAUUAUGAGAAUGCCCGACAUGUUAUAUGGAAAAACUACAAAGGAGCUAUUCCCUCUGAAAGAUGGAUAGUAAAUUUUGACAACGACCUAUCAGAUGGCCUUGUUUUUGCAGCACAAAUGGGAGCUUAUUGCCCAUUUUUGAUUGAAUCUUAUUUUCUAAAUAUGUACACAGAACCAAAAAGACCUGAACAUUAUCUGCACAAUUGUCUGAUUAUUGUGAAUGUUCUUCGUGAAAUUGGUUUUGACAUGGACAUACAGGCCACUGACAUUUGUGAUCCUAAUCCAAUCCUGAUGCUCAUGCUUUGUGUUUACAUGUAUGAAAGGUUGCCUACGUAUCUCCCCAAGAAGGUCGUGCCCUUCCAUUGUACUUUGCAUGACACUGUGUUGAGACAGAUUCUACUGAAAAAUUCAAGCACAAAAAACUUAGUGUAUAGUGCUACAAUUGUUGGAAAAGAUGCUGCUGACUUCUCCCUAGCACAAGCAGGGAAUACUGUGACAAUUUCUCCAAAAAACGAAAUUACUAUCACUCUAAAAUUUAGAAGUCGCUUCCUCCGUCCUGCUGCAGCUUCACUGAUAUUAAUUUCAAAAAGUAAGCAUGCAGUAGGAGGUGCCACAAUGACUUUUGCUCUUAAAGGUGAAGUCCUCAAUUUCAAAACCUUUGAAGUUAUAAAAUGCAAUAGCCCUUGUUAUACAUGGAAGGAAAUCAGUCUGAAUGUUAAAAAUCCCUUCCACGUUGCUGGGGACUUCAGUGUCAUUUUGGUAGAAUCCUCAACAUUUAUCUCUUUGCCUUCCCAACUGAGUGGACCUGAUCAAGUCAUUGAUCACAUGACACAUAGUGAUUAUGUGCGUUCAAGUAAACGUGAUAUUGGUGAGGGCUGUUCCCAAACCCCAACUACCUUAAAAACUUCAAUUAAGUCUGAUUUCAUCAGAGAGUUCUUUUGCUCCAGAAGCCUUCUUAACCUCGGAUUGAAAGGGUCAACUCUAGAGCUUUACUAUCUACCCUUUGGCAUACAUAUACGCUACUGUGUCAUCAUCCUCAGCAACAAAAAGAUUGGAGAAUUAAUAUAUAUCCUAGAAGGAAGUGGCACUAUGCCCUUGCCUUCCAGCUUCCUGCCAAUGGAUUCUUUGACUCCAAUUGAUUACCACCGUUCUCCUGAAGAAGGGUUAAAUAAGACAGAUCCAGUUCUGUAUUUGCAGUGUGAACUCGGUCAAGUCCUGGAUGUGAAACUUAAUUUGCCACUGACAAAUGAAGCCAAAGAAAAGGCUUUGGCUUUUGCAGCACAGCAACAGAUGUCAAGGGUAGAGUAUGAACGAAGAUCGAUCACAGGCACCCUGGACAGCAGUAGUGUCCGUGUGGCUAUCGCCCUCCUGGGACUGACCAAGAUUGAGUCGUGUUUGCUCUUUAAUAUCUCAAAGUUGAAGAAGCCAAAGUCCGUGGUAUACACAACAGAACUGAGCCUUCCAGAACACUUUGAUAUUCCCAAGAAGAUCUAUGUUCCUGGGAUUCCACAAAUGAAAACUAAAUUGAAUCACUCUCGAGGAGUUAUACCCAUAAAUAAAACAGUUCCAGAUGAAUCUGUUCCAGUUCCUUUACGAUUUGUUCCUCUUAGUCCUGGGCGCUAUCCUUGUAAAAUUUUGUUGACAUCAAGGUAUGAUGUGCGUGUCUAUCACAUUGAAGGUGUGGUGAAUCAAGAAUAUCCAGAGGCCAGAUUUGUAUUUGAAACACCAGCAUUUGAACCUCUUACCCAGAAUAUUCCAAUAAAGAAUCACACAAAGAAUGAAUGGAAAUGUCAAGCUGAUAUAGAAGGAGAAUGCUUUUAUGGACCUCCCAUAUUAUAUGUCAAGCCAGGAGAAACUGUGACAUAUCCUCUCACCUUCAAACCUAUUUUGGAAUGUGAAAUUAUGGGCAAGCUUUCUCUACAAAAUGAAGUAGAUGGUUUGAAACAUACUUUUGAAGUAAAAGGGAUUGGAAGGAAACCUGUGGCCUUGGAACACAUCACUGUGCGUUGUGAAGUGGGGAUUAUAACAAAUAAACCCAUAAUGGUGCCCAAUUACACAAAUACAAUGAUAACUUACAAGGUAUCUUCAGAUCUCCCAAUAGUGUGGGGAAAUACACACAUCACCGUAGAUGCUAAAAAUGUACUACCAUAUGUUCUACAUAUAUGCCCUUGGAAACGUGGUGUAAUUACAGAAACCAUAAUGGUGCCCAAUUACACAAAUACAAUGAUAACUUACAAGGUAUCUUCAGAUCUCCCAAUAGUGUGGGGAAAUACACACAUCACCGUAGAUGCUAAAAAUGUACUACCAUAUGUUCUACAUAUAUGCCCUUGGAAACGUGGUGUAAUUACAGGUACAAUUUCAUUUUCCGUUGAAACCAGACGAAUUGAUCAAUCUGAGGAAGAUUUAGAUCAAGGUCUAUAUCGAGAACCCAGCCUUCAGCAGUCAGAAUCAGAACUAUCCCACAAUUUUGAUGAGGAUGACUCAGAUGAUGCAGUUAGCAAUUUAAAAGUCUGGUAUUAUCUUGAGAUCCAUACCUUUCCCGGAUCACCUGUAAAUAUAAUAGAAAAGACAUGCAAAGCUCUGGAAAGCACUUGCAUUAAAAUACCUCUGUCUAAUCCCAGAGAUAAAAGCAUUCACAUGUUUGUACAAUUUUCAAGCGUUGCCCUCACUGGACUCAGGGAACUUGUACUGGAUCCACGAGAACAUCGCAAUUACGAAGUACACUAUGCUCCAGCGGCUACAGGCUGUAAAGAUGAAAGCAUUAUUUUUCAGCCUGAUAAGUGUGUAGAGUUCUGGUAUUUACUGAGAUUAACUACUGAAUUACCAAAACCAACCGUAAUGGCAGAAAUACAAUGUGACCUUGGAAAGUCUUUCACUGAGAUGAUUUCUUUAGACAAUCCUACACAUGAAACCUUAGAGUUGCAAGGAAGUAGCAGUAAUCCAGAAACGUUUGUCCUGCGUAUUAGCACACCACUGACUGUAGAUCCUUACUCCACCAAAACGGUGCCUGUUUACUUUCAUCCUUGUGUGCUUGGAAGAACAGGUCAUCAAGCUUGUAUCACCUUCUGCUGUAGCCAGUUUAAGGAAUGGAAAUUCUGCCUCUCUGGAGUAGGACUAUAUCCCAUGCCUCUGGAUAUGCAAAAAAUGACCUCAUAUCUUCAUCUUCAUACAUCUAUUGUUAUACCUUUCCAAAAUCCCACCAAAGAAGAUGUUUUAGUCAAUAUCACACUAACAAGUCGGGAAAACCACAGGCACCUCCCUGUUGACCAUUUCUGGGACAGCUUCUGCCAUGAGACUACUGCCUUCAAGUUUAGUGCUCUCAGUCACACACACGGACUCUUAUUGCCUCCUAAGGGGAAUGUAGAUAUUCCCGUGUUAUUUGUCCCCCACAUUAUGAAAUUACACAAAACAAUAGUUAUUGUUGAAAUGGUGAGGGCAAAUGGAAGAGACUGGCCUAUUGAUAAUUUUGAUGAGUUGAGCUCCCAGAUGAAAAGAAUAAUGGGAGUGAACAGCGCAGAAAUUCGAGCAAUAUACUGGAUGUUUCCCGUUCUUGGACUUCCACAGGCACCGCAUGCUAAAACUCCACAACAUACCAUAACAUGUCAAGCCAAGAAGCGAAUAGAAGAGGAAGUGCGAGUCACACUAACUGGUGAUUUUUGGGGAGACUGUCCUAUAUUCAAUCCAUCAGAUUUUAUAGUGCUUCCAAAAAGAAAUUCAAAUGAUCAUUAUGAAGAUCUUAUUGAUCAUCCACAAAAACGUGAAUUUGAAUAUGAAAUGAUAUUUGACUCUGAAGAUGUGAAGUCUAAAAUGGAAUCUUGUGUGACUUUAUAUGUGCUCGAAAAAAUUUACUGUAUUGAGACUAGAAAGAUAACAUUGGUCUUCAAUUUGAUAUUCUCACCAAGGAAACCAUCAAGUACUCACAUUACAUUGAAAAUAGAGUGCAUAACAGAUGGGAUCUGGAAGUAUCCCCUAAUGUUGGUUGCUACUGAGCCUGAUGUAGAUGAUGUCAUCGAUAUUGAAGGGGUUGGUUUAUUUAAGGAAUCUCUUAUGGACUUCAGGAUGACCAGUCAGACAAGAGAAUCUGAGCCAUUCACUGCAUCCUUCCUACAUGGAAGUGAUCCUGAGUUUUUUGUGAAACCUCAGGCUGGAAAACUUCUUCCUUAUGACACUGAUGGAACUCUCAUCACGGUGGGUUUUAAACCCCGAAUGUACAGUAAAAAAUACAAAGCAACAUUAGCAAUCCAGACAGCAGAUAUGUACUGGUUGUAUGCUAUCAACGGGCUACCUCAAGUUACCACGCCACCAGUAAAUGUAAAGGCCAAAGUCAAUACUACGAAUGAGAUGAUAUUGAAUAAGAAGAGGGUUCAUCACCGCAAUUUUGUCCGUGAAAAUACUAAAGUCAUAAGGACAGGGGUGUCCUCUACCAUCAAAGGUGCUCCUUUGAUGUUGAAGAAUAAAUAAAAAAUAGUUUUCUCCCAAAUAUUUCUUGGUUUUAAGUAGAAUUGAUCAUAUUUUCAGUGUUGUUAUUUCAUCUUUUGAAGUAUUUCUGAGGAAUGUUUCAAUUAUUAUAAGCCUUCUAUGUUUAUUUUUUAAUGCUAACUAAAUCUACUUUCUGAAUAUGUUAUACCUAAUUUCUAAGUUAUGUGGGUGAGCUAAGUUGGACUGAUUGCAAGUAUCAGGAUUGGUUAGUUUUAAGUG